AUGUACCAGCAAAGUCUUGACAACCGUGAUGACAUUCAACAGCCAUCCAUCAGUCUGGCUCACAAAAAUGAUAAACCGCCAUUGAUAGCCAGUAGACUCACAACACGAAGUCACUCCGCUCACGCACAACCUCUCAAAUGUCAACUUGACCCAUCUACUGCAAGAGGGAAAAGGGCCACUAACAUCUACCUCAAUGAACCGGAUGCUGGAGUUUCCAUGGCAGUGCUUCGACAGCCUCCAAUUCUCAGCGGAGCUGAUAACGAUCUACAAAGAGUGAUACACACAUCAAUUACCAAACAGCAACCGGCCGUGCACAGUAGCUACUACGGCAAUACCUACGAGAACACUUUCCACGUAAGGUCAAGGAUAUGUCGACCCGAUCCCAUUUCACCACAUUACUUCCAGGCCUACUACCCUCAAACACACUUCAACUCUACCUACGCCGAUGGACAGAUAUACGAUCACCCACCACCACCUCCUCCUCCUCCACCACCACCACCACCACCAAUACCACACUCAGAAGAGAAGCAGGUAGAGCCUAAAUCCCGAGCUUCUGGAAACAACAACCAAAGCUAUAAUGAGGGCCUGGCAUCAAGAAUGAUCCCACCUGUUCCACCUGCCACAGCGCCUGCGUCACGCCGACGAUUUGGACGAAGCAACUAUGAAAGUGAGGCGAACAGUGGCGACGAUGCAGAGGAUGAAGACGGGGAAGAAAAUGGAAGUGAAAGAGGUGGAACGCUGUCCAGAAAGCGACCAGCCUUACCAAUGGGAGUUCUAGUAAAUCGGUACUCCAGAGAGAGCCUUGAUUGUAUAAACGCCCACGAAAAGACACCAGUACCGAGAGGAAGCACACCAGCUAGAACGAUUGUACCAUCACAACCGCCUCCAAAUUUGCCUCAACCAAUGUCAAAGGCAAAGUUAACUCGCAGACAGACGGUCGGAGCGAUUCAGACGUUGGCUCAGACUUCGUCAAAUCCCGAACCCACUCAGGGUGCCCUUCAGUACUUCUGUGACAUUUGUUUGGAUCGAAAACUCUAUGCUCGAACAACGAGUAAACUUUCCAAAGAGACGGUGUUUUGGGGUGAAUGUUUUGACUUAAACAACCUCACAGAACUGAACUUUAUCACGAUAAAUCUCUAUCGUGAAGCCGAAGCAGCAAAGGAUACGUCUAAGCGUCGCAAAUCCAGCAAAUCCCAAAAUCAACUCAUUGCCUUUCUUACCAUUGCCAUAUCUGAUCUAUCAUCCAAAUACGAGACGCAACAAUGGCACACAAUGACCCCUGGUUGUAUGCUCCCGUCGUCGGAGAAUUUGCACACCAAUCCCAUGUCUCCUCGCUCCUCAAUCCGCCAAUCAAUAGGCUCCUUCAAUACGCCUGAAUCAUUACAGUGCAAUCCGGAGACCAAUGCGGGCUGUCCUUCCGCUAAGCGCUCAAUUUCAUUGGUUGGACCGCCACCAACCAACGUUCUAACUGGUCGAAUACGCAGGCUCUCCAAGCAUAAUCUCGGAGGCAGUGAAUCUCGAAUGAAUACCGGUCAGAACGGUAGUGGCAGUGGAGGUAAUAGCGCGCUACUCCCUCAAAUUCGAUUGGCUCUGGUGGUGGGAAAGUCUACUGCAUUUGUGCAGUACUUGGAGCCCCUGCUACCGACGAAAAGGAAGGAGGAGAUAGCUCGUUGCCUUGUUAACAUUCAUGAAAAAGCACCAGAAAGUAAAAUUGCCGCAUUCCUUGCACCGCUUGUGGACCACGAAUUGAACACCUCUGGCCUUGUUGAAGGUGGUGGGACGAAAUGCGAGGUUUAUGCCUCUUUCACGAUGGUGUCGCUUGAUGAGAAGAGGGGCGUUCUUCUCAACCCCUUCUGUCAUCGAGAAGUUCGAGAUUAUCUAUCAAUCUAUCUCUCUCUCGCUCUCGAUGCAUAUGCCCUCCUCGUCUCCACUGCAGAGACCAGACUGGGAGUUGUGACAAGAGGCUUGGAUCACCUCUCAAAGGAGUUUACUUACAAUAAUACCGGCGACGUCUUCGCAUUCUCCACAACGGUGACCCCACUCAAGGGGGGGAGGCGGGGGGGCAUAAUCUCUCUCUCCUCUUCCGUUCCAACUCCAUCGGUUCGAAAGCUGUCGAAUGCUACAUCAAAUUGGUGGGAGCUGAGAGACAAAACUGGCAACAUCGGUUUCUGUCCCAUUGUGAUUGUAGUCUGUUAG